ACUACUUUUCCUUCCUAAACUCCUGUCUCCUGGACACAAGCCUUUCAGUGGGAUGCUAGGGGGAAAGAAAAUAAUAUGAGAAAAGUUAAGAGAGGUCCUAAGUGAUAUUUAGACAAGAGUGUAUAAUAUAUAACUAACAGACACAGCUGGAGAGUGUGACAGGGGCGCGCGCAUGACUUCAAGCUCAACAAAGGUAACUCAGUAACUGACAGCUGCGAAAGAGAGACACACGGUUAGAGAGACAGAGAGAGGGAGAGAGAGAGAUAGAGUGAGAGAGAGAAGGGAUGGCGGGGUGUUGUUUGUCCGCGGAGGAGAAGGAGCGCAGGAGGAUCAAUCAGGAGAUCGACAAGCAGCUCAAGAAAGAUAAGAAUGAUGCCAGGAGAGAGCUGAAGCUCCUGCUGCUGGGUACAGGUGAGAGUGGGAAGAGUACCUUCAUUAAACAGAUGCGCAUCAUUCAUGGCGCCGGCUACACCGAGGAAGACAGGAAAACUUUCACAAAGCUGGUGUUCCAGAAUAUCAUCACGGCCAUGCAGUCAAUGAUCAGAGCUAUGGAGGCGCUGUCAAUAUCACUCAGCAAUCCUGAGAACCAGACCCAUGCUGAUUUGAUGAUCGAGGUAGACGUCGAUAAGAUGAUGGAGUUGGAGGAAAGCUAUGUGGAAGCCAUCCGCUGCCUAUGGAAGGAUGCAGGCAUCAGUGAAUGCUACGACCGGCGUCGUGAAUACCAGCUAACUGACUCCGCCAAAUAUUACCUGAGUGAUCUGGAACGCAUUGCUGAUCCAGCUUAUGUCCCAACUGAGCAAGACAUCCUGAGGGUCCGAGUGCCCACCACUGGUAUCAUCGAGUACCCAUUUGACCUGGACAACGUCAUCUUCAGGAUGGUGGAUGUGGGAGGACAGAGGUCUGAGCGCAGAAAGUGGAUCCACUGCUUUGAGAACGUGACCUCCAUCAUCUUCCUGGUGGCAUUGAGCGAAUAUGACCAAGUCCUCGUUGAGUGCGAUAAUGAGAACCGUAUGGAAGAGAGCAAAGCCUUGUUCAAGACCAUCAUCACUUACCCAUGGUUCCAGCAGUCUUCAGUUAUCCUCUUCCUCAAUAAAACAGACAUCCUGAAGGAGAAGAUUGUCUAUUCCCACCUAGCAAAUUACUUCCCAGAGUACAAAGGCCCCCAGGGUGACCCCAAACCAGCACAAGAGUUUAUUCUGCAGAUGUACCAGGAGCAGAACCCAGACAAAGACAAGACCGUCUACUCUCACUUCACAUGCGCCACCGACACUGAGAACAUCCGUCUGAUCUUCGCCGCAGUGAAGGACACCAUCCUGAGAAGCAAUCUGAAAGAUUUCAAUCUAGUUUAAACCCGAGUUUUUAGAACCUUCUCACAAGAGCUUUCUUCACAUUAUCUCUCAGUCUCUAGUUCCAGGUGGUGAAAAGAACCUCUGAAUGGUUUAGGGGGAAGGACUGAAUUGGGAUUGGAGAUUCGGGGUUCACACUUGUCCAUGGCCUUAUUGUGAGUUUGAAGAAGCAGUUUUGUCUCUUUUGGAACUUCUUCUGAGGCUGUAACACACUAAAUAGGUUUAAAAACUAUACAUUUAUAAUUCAGAUGUAGCUGCAGAUGAUCGAGUUGUUGAAUAUAGUGGUGAUUUGGGCAGGAUGUUUAAAAACUUUCUGAAUAUCUGAAGUAAAGGCAGGAUUUUCUGAAUUUCCUUGCUCAUCUGAGAUUACUUGCUUGUUCUUUACUGUACAUGUACAGAAAUGCUUACAGAAGUGCAAAUAGUUUACAUUUGAAGCCAUAUGCACACCUAUAAAAAAACCUGUAGAGAGAAAAUGCCUUUACCAUGCUGCAACUUAACCGCACUUGCCUUAAGUCAACUGUAAGCUAUUUAUUUUAGUAAAAAAAAAAAAUCAAUGUAAAGUUCUUUCAAAUAUAACCUGUAUGUAUAAAUAAAAAUCAACCAUAUACUUUUCCUCCUCUCAUGAUGCAACUUUGGUCAUUGCUAUUAAGAAUGUUUUUGAGAAUGUCUGAGAAUGUAAAACCAAAAAAAGAUAUUUACUACCAUUUACGACCCUUUUGACGUAGGUAGUAAUGGCUUCGUGGUGUAUAAAAUGUGUAGUUACUGUAUUGUCAUAUUUACUUCCACAUAUUUAUCUUCUCUGUAUUUAAAGCUAAAUAAUUAUAAGAAUAUUUAGGAAAUACAUUGUACCCACAAACCUUACC